GAUUACGGUCAUAAAAAUAGAAAAAGCGGUAAAAAAUUGGAAAAAAAUAAUAAAAAUUUUGUAACAAAAAAAUUAUAUAUAAAGGCAGGCAAACAUAUACACAUAUACAGAUGCAUAUUUUACUAUAUAAAGAAAAAAAUCAAGUGAAAUUUUUAGUUUGAAGAAAGAAAAAAAUGUGAGUUAUCAAGUGAAAGAAGAAGGAAUUUAAAUAAAAUUAUUUAUAAUUUAUAAAAAAUAUUUUAAAUUAAAUAAAGUGUUAAAAAAGAGAAAAUUCUUUAACUUAAACUUUUAGAAAGGAAAAAUCCUUAAAAAUCAAUCUUCAUUUCUUACGCAUUUCCUAACCCCUCACAACUUUUUUUGGCCUCUCCUUUGUCAAAGAAAAAAGUACAAAAAAAGGAAACAACGAAUAAAAGCGAGUAAAAAAUAAAGAUAAAGAAUGUGUAUUUAAGUGAGUAGUGAGUGUAUAUAUCCUGUGCUUUUAAUUACUAUUUUUUAGAAGACCAAAAAAAUAGAAAAAAUUAUUUAAAGAAAUAAAAUAAAUUUUGUUUAUUAAAUAAAACUAAUUUCGCUUUUACGCUGCUGUAACUAUAAAAUCCUGCUCUUCGUACGUCUGCAUGUCAUCACUUUUAAUUUUUGUUCAUUUUUCUUUACUCAACAUAAUUUUCGCUUUUUUCUAACAAUUAAGGGAAAAAAUGAAUAUUAAUACAAAGCUUUAUUUGCUGUUAUCAACUCUUUAAUAAAAAAAUAAUAAAUUAAUUUACUAAAUAUGUAUAAUAAAAUAUAAAUUAACCAAUAUAAAUAUAUAAAUUAAAAAAGAAAUUGCUUAAAUAUCUCCAAGUGCUAAUUUUAAAAAGCUUUUGUUAUAUUAUAAUUAAAUUCAAUAUAUAAAAAUGUUUUAACUACGAAACGUGUGUGUUUUUUUAAAAAUAAAACGUAUUCAGUAUAAAAAUUUACAUUUUUCUUCUAAAUUUUGCAAUCAUAUUAAUGUUAUCAGAACAAUUUACGCCGUCUAAGGCGUUUAAUAAUAAUUUACCCUUAAAUGCUGCAUCGGCAACUAAUAGUCAUACAACAACUGUAACCAAUCAUCUUAGUAAAAGAAGUUCAAAAGAUGAGCAUUUCGUCCUUAACACAGACUAUAAACAACUCUAUACAACUACGAACAACUGUCAUCUUUCAACUGCUGCAACGGCGGCAACAACAACAACAACGUUUCCUCUUUUGUCUACAACAACUCCACAACAACUUCAACCAAAUCUACAGCAACAACAACAUCGACCACAAACUCAUCGAUUAUUGCAACAACCUCAACAAAAUUUACUUUUAAUCCAAUGACUAAACAAUUGUCUAGCAAUACCAACACCUCAGGAGUUACAACUGCUGCAGGAGCAGCAGCGGCAGGAGGAACUACUACUUCCUCCAUUAAUGGUGUAGUCGUUGGUACAGCUAAUGGUGCCACAUUUCUACAUACAAAUCUAACUCCUACAAUUAUAUCACCCACAGCCUCUUUAUCACCUGCAACAACAAACUCUUCCUCCCCUUUAACGGGUACUAUACCCAAGAAAACACAAUUACAAAUACCCUCUCACAAUCACUCUCCUCAUAUAAUAACCCACAAUGGCCAAGUAACAACAGCAGUAGCAGCAGCAACAACUCUAUCACCCACUGGCAUAAAUUCUACUUCCUCCUCAUUAACAAAUCACUGCACUGCUUUAACUACAACAGCAACAAACGCCUCCACAGCUCUGACAACAGCACCAGCGAAGGCAACACCUAAAAAAUCUUCAUCUUCUUCGUCGUCAUCGAAUGAUGCCAAUGGUCGUUCGGCUGCCUUGGAGCGUGCCUACGUCCAUGAUGUCUAUGAGAAUUGUGAGGAGCCAACUGGGUCAUUACGACCGCGUGUUGCUCAAUUUCUUAGUAAUUUAGAAGCCGGUUCAGUGGUCUGUGAUGUUGGUUGUGGCAGUGGUCGUUAUUUGACACAAUGUAAUCCCUCAAUCUGUACGGUGGGUGUGGAUCGUUGCUAUCGUUUGAGUCGUGUAGCCAAGGAAAAGGGCGGCGAGGUUGCACUAUGUGACAAUCUUGAAUUACCCUUUCGGGAUGAAUCAUUUGAUGCGGUUCUUUCCAUAGCAGUGGUUCAUCAUUUUGCCACCACCGAGAGGAGAGUAAAUGCCUUGAGAGAAUUGGCACGUAUCUUACGUAUUGGUGGUCGUGUUGUUAUUACUGUUUGGGCUUUGGAACAACGUCAUAGACGUUUUGAAUCACAAGAUGUACUAAUUCCUUGGCAACCGCCUAAAAAUCGUAAUUUCAACUAUUCAGAUGAGGAAGACGAUGAAGACUUUUUACCUCCGUAUCAUGCGUAUACGGAGGAUUCAACGAAUUCCAGUCGUUCAGCUGGAGAUGGUGAUAGUUCGAGUUUGUCUUCUUCAUCGCCGGGCGAAUCUUGUUAUAGUUUUGUUCGUAGAGCCAUACAGAAACUAGCAGGUGGCCGUAAGCAUGCCUGGUUCCUCGACUCCUGGACCUCGAAGGAUACCAAAAACGACAGUAGUUUAGAUUAUGAAGAUGCAAAAGAUUUACCCAUUGAAUUGCGUCGCUUAGAAGACUUUGAAGAUUUCACAGAUCCACCGCUAUCGGCUGGUCUAAAAUCUCGUAGUCUAGGUAGUAUACUCAAUCCACCACCACGACAAAUUGUACGCUCACGUUCAAGUGUACCAAGUCUCGGUGGUCCAUUACUGCAUGUCGAUAAGAAUACAAACGCUACACAACUCUUAGAUGCUCAUGUAGCCGGACAAAUGGUUAAUGUAUCUUCCGCCAAUUCCAUUAAUCACACAAAUGGUCAUUCACCCACAAAUCAUACAUUAAUAAAUACUAAUAGCUCUACGACUGCUGUUACCACAGCACAUGCAUCAUCGAAUCUUAGUCGCCGUCCUAAACUCAUUAAGCAAAAACAAUCUCUUUGUGAUGAAGACUAUCAACUGCCAGAUAUGCCAUUUCACAUGUUUAGUCAGUAUAAUGUAAAUACGAAUGGUGUCACCAGUACAUUGUUUGCCAAACAGCAAUCGCUGCCCGGGCAAAAUUUGACCACCCGCCAAAUGCGUAAGCAGAGUUCAUUGAAUGAAGAACUAAUGGCCGGUAAUAGAAUACGGGAAAAGGAGCGUGUACGCAAGAGAAUACAAAAACAAAUGUCUCUGAAUGAAGCAUUUCUGUGUCGUUCGGCCUUGUUUUCCAAACGUUUGCAGGUUAUACGUGAAGGUUUUACCAGCAAAAUUAAAAGUUCUACUGGCAGUUUGGAAAGAGUUACUAAAACGGGAAUAAACAAAAUAAUGCAAAAUUUAAAAACCACACCGGAAGAGAAAACGCCCUCAGCGGCUCAAGUUAAUAGUAAAACGCCUAAGGGCAAUAUAUGCACACAUGAGCAUCAUCAUCAUCACCAUCAUUAUUAUCAGCAGCAGCAUUCUCCUUUGGUGAGUAAUUUUCAAACCCAUCUACAUCAUUUGCUGCAUCGCCAGAAUACCGCCAAUAAGUUUGCGGGACCCGUAACAAUGUGCAAAAGUUUGGACUGUACCACCACGGCCUGCUAUUGUCAGACCUAUCAUCAAGCCUGCUCACAAUGUACCAAUGCAGGUGAUGAAGAAAAGGCUAGAAGACAUUCCCGAGAAUCGGGUUCAGACUCUUCCAAAGAUAGCAGUUUACAGUCAGACACCAGCAUAGAGUCCGAAGAUAGUUUUGCCUCGGUUAUAUUUAUACCCAAACCCGAGCAGCAUCAGCAGCAGCUGAACUAUCAGAAACAACAUCAAAAUUCUAAUUCUAGUUCGAGUAAUUCCUCCUCUAGCAAUGGCGGUGGUUGUCAUGUUCAUAAAACUUGUUGCCAGAGUAAGUGUGUCUCCUCUUCCUCCAAUUUAGGCCAGUGUUGUAAAUUAGAUAUAAAUGGUCAUCGUAUAUCAUCAGUGCCAACAUCUCCACUUAUAAUGCCCUGCCCACCCACACCCGCUCAUUCGCCAGCAGCGGCUCAAACAGCCGUUACUUCCCCGCCCCAAUCAAUGCCUGCUGUUAUAGCAGCCAUGGCUAUGUUUACACCUCCCGCAAAGAGCAACCUGCCAGAGAAAAGUGCUGAGGAUAAGCUUCCCUUGAAUAGUGUCAACAAGACUAGAUUUAAUUUCGAUGAAGCUCAUAUAAAACAACAAGAGUCUAAGGAUCUGCAGCAGCAGGAAGAACUGAAACAAAAGCAACAGCAAAAAAGUCAAGAAAUUAAACCGGAAAUAAAAAAGGAACUAGAACAACCAUUUGAAAUUAAAAUUACCAGACAAACCAUUAAAGAUUUGCCACCCAUACCGAAAUUCCGUAAACAACAGUCCUUACAAAUAACACGGCAAAGUUUUCCGAUAGUAAGAAGAACUACCACGGCUGGAGGAGGCGCAGCCAUAGCCACCAUACCAAAACUUAUGUCAUUAGAAUUAUUUAAUCCGGCUACCGAUGAUUUAGAUAGUGAUUCUAGCGAACCCUCUUCACCCGACUCAGUAGAUAGCGUUAUAAGUGCGCCCAGAUCCAGUAAUUUGACAACAGCUCCCAGUUUGGAUCAGGCUAAAGAUGUUACACCCAAUGAGGAGAAAGUAGCAGAAUCAGAAACUAAAGCUGAAGAAACCGAAAAUGAAAUGAUAGUUAAUGAUGACAAAUCCGAUAUAUUACCCAACAAAUAUGGUGGAGGCAUGCAAACUAAUCAACCACAAGAUUGUCAAGAAUUUGCUGAACAAUUAAGUGCCCAAUUAAUGCGUGAAUUGGAAGAGAAAAAUAAUAAAGCUGAAACAAGGUCUUUAGAAGCUAGUGAAGAAUUCUUUGAAGAUCCCUUUUCACAGCCACGCAAACGUAAUGGUGAAAAAGAUUUGGCCGCCUUAAGGGAUGAGCUAAGAGAACGUAGACUUAUGUUGGCUAAUUUAUCAACACAACCCAGCCUUAAUCAAUCACCAAAUUCUUCCUCUACUUCAUCGCUCUCCUCACAGACCAGAAGUUUUACCAUACAUGAAGAAGAUGAAGACGAGGAUGAGGAGGAAAAUGAACGCAGUUACACUUUACAAUUGUAUGAAAAUUGUAAGAUAUCGAAAUUUAACUAUAAAAGACAUUUACACAAUAAUUUACAUCCCGAAACGGCAUAUUUGCUGCAAGAUGAAGAUUCCUCCAUUAAGGAUGAUGAGGAAGAGGAAUUAGAAGAAAUUGAACAUGAUGUUAUACUAGAAGAAGAUGAGGAAGAGGUAGAGGCUGAAGAAACUUUGGCACGACUGCAACAAACGACCAAUCAAACUAAAAACGAAAAAUGUGAUUCUCUCGACGACAAGGAGGAUGAAGCUACGACAACGAAAAAGAGUUCGGGCGAAGAAACUACCAUUACUAAUAAUACAACGACCACCUCUAAUACCAUGCAAAAUCGUAAUCAAUCGACCGAAUCUUGGGAGCAUUCAAAUAGCUCAACCACUUCACUUGAUAGUCCAUCACAAGGUGGCGCCACCACACACCAUCGCUACUAUCACGUCUUUCGCGAAGGCGAACUUGAUGCUUUAAUCAAUCAUCAUGUAGCCAGUUUGCAUAUAGUAUCAUCCUACUAUGAACGUGCCAGUUGGUGUGUGGUAGCUGAAAAAGUGCAAGUAUGGACAAUUUGAGUGGUUGGUUGGAUAGAGUUUAUGAAUUUAAAGAAAAUAAAUAUAUAAAUACAUACUACUAAAUUUACAAAAGAAAAUCGCAUUACAUGGAAUCUAUGUAUACUUAUUCAAAUAUUUUUUGUUUAUCUUUUGGCAAAUUAAUAUAUAGUAUAUGCUGUAUGUAAAUAGUACGGUUAUAUAGCAACAUUUUUAAAUAAAAGCUCAAAUAUAUACAAUUCAUAUAUAGAUUUAUAUACUCGUUAUUUAAGAAUCAAAAAAAAUACAUUAAAGUAUCAUUAAGAUUAAUGUUUAAAUAAGAAGUUUUUUUUAGUAUACAUGUUAAAAAAUUUAUGCUGAAAAAGUUUUUUAAUAUAAGAUUUUGAUAUCAGGUUAAAAUUCAUGUUUUUUACGUUAAAAGCUCUUUUCUGUUAAAGUCUUCUUUUACAAACAAACAAAUGGAAAACGAUUUCUAUG